AUGUCGGAUCCUACAGAGCACGGCUCAACAACAUCGGUUGGCUCAACUGCCACCUCGGAGGGAGUGGGAUUGGAAGACUGCGAAUAUCUCAUCGGUCCAUCUACGCUCGAUCCUGACCUUUUCAGACAACAGAUUUCUACUAAUCGAGGCCGAGGGAGAGUGAGAGCCGUCCGACGACCUGCAGGCACACGACGAGACUCGAAGAGUCCAGCUUCUCCGGACAGGUUCAUCCCGUCACGGGAACCAGUGGAAGCCUCAUCUUCGCCAUAUAGAGUGGGAAAGGAUCCUCAAGAACUGUCACCCGAAGAGAAGCUUUUCCGUCGCCGCUCACCUGGGGACGAUCCGUUCACACCUAAAAAGGUCCGGAGAUCAAAGAGCACAACAAGAUCUGGUCGUGUUUUCAGUCCUCACUUUGGACCUCAUCUUGUGAACGACUCAGCCGUUUCCGGAAGGACAGUCUCAACCGGGACUAGGGAUGGUAUCAGACGAGUAAGCAACGGAGCAAUCUGGGCUGUUGGUGGAACGUCGGCCGCGUUAGGUAGACGGUCAACAGUCUCACCGGAUGGUCCUAGAGGCAUACUUGCGAGUGGAACCACGGCUCCCAUGUAUGCAGCCAAGUUCCUACCGCAAACUCGUUCUUCAACAGAGGAUCGCGUGACAUACGAGUCUAGGAUUGCUCUUGCAUUGGAUAUUGAUACUGCGUCGAAAGUCCUUAGCAACAGCAGCCUCUUGUCUAUAUCUGACCCUCUGCCAAGUCCUUCAUCUCCGGCAUUCGAACGACUCUCGCCACUGGUGUGGAAAGACAACGCCUGGAGGAGGGUAGAACGCGGUCAAUGGGAAGCCAAUUUGAGGAAAGGCAAAAAUACUAUAGUCCCGAGCCUCCCUUUCCGAACCCUUGAUGCUCCUUUGUUGCGUGACGACUUCUACUGUUCAACAUUGGCAUAUUCCAGCAUUGCUGGCACCCUUGCUGUUGGGCUUGGGCACCGCGUUUAUCUAUGGUCAGAGGCCUUCGGCGUGCAGCACCCGCCCCUAGGGGAACACGACUCGUCGAAUUACGUGACAUCGCUAUCAUUUUCUUCCGAGAAUGGUGGUAAAAGCAUCUUGGCUGUGGGUAGAAAGUCGGGCAUGUUGAGCCUGUGGAGCACUUUCGACUCCGAUGUGCGCUUCGAGAUCAGCCAUUCGAGCACCAUUACAUGCGUUGCGUUCAAACAAACAAAAUCGAAAAGGGUCUCAGAAAGGUUUGAGGACACCGAAGUGGAUGCAGAGGAUCUAGCGGUGGGUGACGAUCUCGGUAAUAUUUGGUACUAUUCGGUAGAAUGGCCAAAUGAAGAAGCAAGAGAUCGUUUUGGCUGGCAUGGCAGAGUCACCUUGCUCGCUAAAAUAUCAGCUCAUACGCAGCAAAUAUGCGGCAUUGCAUGGUCACCGGACGGAGCCUAUCUGGCGACUGGCGGCAACGAUAAUGCCUGUCUACUCUUUGAACUCUCGGACAUUAUUCCGGCACGCGAACUUGGAGUUUCUUCUAGAUCGUGCUUGCCACAUCAAAAUUGCCAUCCUGAAGGCAUGAGCUGCCCCAAUUCGUUUACUUGUUUUGCUGCAAAUGCUAGCCGGCGGCUCUUCAACCAGCGCAAUUUGUUGAGCAAUCUGCUUCCAACAUGGACCACUUCUCGCACGAGGUCUUUGUCAUCUUCUCUCCCUUCAGUACUGACUCAUUCUGGAUCAGUUGUUUCGGGUGGUGAUAGAACUGUAUUUGUCCCGUCAAAUCGUCAAAAGCAUAAGUUGAUCCAUGCUGCGGCCGUCAAGGCUAUUGCAUUUGCUCCUUGGCAGCCAUCUUUACUAGCUACUGGAGGAGGCUCCAACGACCGUGCUAUUCACUUUUUUCACACUCCUUCUGGUGCAUGCCUGGCGACCAUCAACGUGUACGCUCAAGUCACUAGUCUGAUUUGGAGCAAGACAAGAAGAGAGCUAGUAGCCACGUUCGGAUUCGCGCAACCGGAACACCCGUUUCGCAUUGCCAUCUUUGCGUGGCCCAGCUGCGAGCAAAUUGCAGCAAUUCCCUGGGGACCUCAUGGUACCAGCUGGGAUAGGCCUGCCAAUGAUACUGUUGUCGAUUGCGGACGUGCACUUUGCGCUGUUAGCUACCCCGGACGACCUCCCACAUAUAUCGUCGACGGCUUAGAUAUACCAGAAGAGUCUUCGAUUUCAAACCCGCAAGCCCAGGAUAAUCUAACGCGGGAAGACCGAACUGGCGUGACUCGACGUCUGAUGGGACGUGUGGUUGUGCGUCCCAGAGCCAAGGAAGGCGGCCUUUGGUGCUCACGCACAGUGGAGGAAGGCUGUAUCAUUGUAGCGUCCAGUGAUCAGAGCGUCAAGUUCCAUGAAGUAUGGAGUGGAUCGACGAAGCAUAAAUCCUCGACUUCCGGUCCCUAUGGAGGGAGUGAGAUACUUGAGGGACUUGAAGGGUUGGAGAAUCCAGGGCGCGAGAUUAUUCGUUAG